ACAUCCGCAAUGCAGUCGAACCAGUGGGGGCAAUACCCCUACAGCCAGCAGCAGCAGCCCUCAUUCCUCAAUUCCCAGCCAACAGGCUUCGCUGGGGCUGGUCUCCAGCCCAUGCAGACCGGCUUCCCUCAGCAACAGCGUCCGCAACAGACAGGCAUCGCAGGAGCUCAACCAGGCCAGAAUUAUGCCUUCCUCAACCAGCCUCCUUCGAGCAACUUCAGGGGGAAUGGUAUUGCCCCGCAGAUGACCGGGUUUCCGGGCGGUACAGGCAUGGUAUCCCAGCAGACAGGAAUGAUGCCCCAACAGACUGGGUUCAAUGCUUCCGCGAAUGCUGGCAGGAUGAUGCCUCAACAAACUGGAUUCCAAGGAGGUAUGAUGUCCCAACCAACAGGAAUGAUGUCCCAAUCGACAGGGAUGGGAUUGACUCCGCAACAGACUGGUUGGCAAGGUGGUGCUGGCUUGAUGUCGCAGCCCACCGGCAUUGGCAGGUUGCAGGCUCAACCUACUGGUAUGCCUCAUGAUCCAAGACUGCAAACUAUGAUGCAGAGCUUCAUGCCUAGCAACAUGUCACAGCCAUUUUCUUCGGGCGUUCCCCAGUUUGCCCAGUCGUCUCAGCCUCUGCAGCAGACUUUCCAGUCGCUUUUGCAAAAUCCUUCCGUCAAUACACCCAAGAUCCCAUGGACUCUCUCCCGUCAAGAGAAGAAGGAUUAUGACCAAAUCUUCAGGGCUUGGGAUACUAAGGGUGAUGGAUUCAUUUCUGGUGAUAUGGCCAGGAACGUCUUUGGUCAGAGUGGUUUGAGUCAGGACGAUCUCAUGAAGAUCUGGAACCUUUCCGAUGUUGACAACAGAGGCAAGCUCAACUUGCCUGAGUUCCACGUUGCGAUGGGUCUUAUUUACCGGGCCCUUAACGGCAAUCAGAUCCCUGAUAAACUUCCUGAGGAGCUCGUCCCUGCCUCUAUGCGAGACAUUGACUCCACAGUCAACUUCAUGAAAGACCUCCUCAAGCACGAGUCUAUUUCUCGGCCGGGUACUGCCUCUCCUGCAUACUCGACCCCUGCCAGUGCUUCUAAGGAUGCUCUUCUUUACAAACACUCUGACGAAGUGCCUUCCACAUACAAGCCGUCUUCCAGGCACCUCGAUCGCAAGUCUGUGCGUUAUGGCGGCGAAGAUCCCGACGCCGGCUUGAAGGACAUUCGACGAAAACUCGAAAACACCUCUUCCUUGCUCGAGAAGUCUGCUGAAAAAUCUGCAGAGGACGAAGAGCUUGAAGAGGAGAUUGAGACUUUGCAAUACCGUGUGAAGCGUAUCCAGGAGGAUAUUGAAUAUACUUCCAAGGGUCGUCGUACUGCUGAAAAGGACGAGGAACGCCGAAAACUUGAAAGAGAAUUGCUUUAUCUCAUGCACGAAAAGCUUCCCGAGCUUGAGCGGAGGCAAGAGAGGAGAAGGGAAGAAAAGGCCAUGGAGGAGCGUGCCGGUGUAAGAAGACGAGAUGAGAGAAACAAGACUCAUGGGAGAUUUGAUGAUCGAGACAGAGACAGGGAUGAGUAUGAGAGGUACCGAGGGACAUAUGAUAGGGAGAGGGACAGAAGUCGAGAGAGGGAUAGGUAUGACUAUGACAGGGAUCGACGAGACAGGUCGCGAGAUAGGUCUCGUGACAGGUAUGACAGGUAUGACAAGUAUGAUCGCGACAGACGGGAUGACCGCGAUAGGUAUGACCGACCUCGAUCACCAACCGGCGUGCGCUCCCCACCCCCUGCACCUCCUCCCCCAUCCGCCUCUGCUACCUCCAGCUCUGCCCCUCCACCUCCCCCAGCCCCGACAUCCUCUUCCUCCGUCCCUUCUACAAAGAAUAUGACUCCUGAGGAGCGAAAAGCUUACAUUCGUGAGCAGGCUCAACGACGUAUCCAAGAGCGUCUCAAGGCUCUCGGUGUUUCUUCCGAGGAUAAAGAGGAGGAAGUUGAUACCAGCGUGCAGGACAGGUUGGAGAAGGAGAGGAAAGAAGCCGAAGAGAAGAGUAGAAAGGCAGAAGAAGCGCAAAAGGAAAGAGAUGAAGCUAGGAAGAGGAGAUUGGCAGAGGCUGGUGGUGCUGCUGCUGAGCCUAAGAGUGAGGAGAAACCCGCUGAACCCGCUGCGCCUUCUUUGAAGAGCGCCAUGAAGAAGCCUGCCGCCCCUCCUCCUGCACCGACACCUCGAAGCAAGGCCGCUCCUGUGCCUCCACCUUCUCGUGCCCACCCUGCUCCCGCUCCCCCUGCCGCUCCAACUCCUCCCACCCCUCAGCCUCCUACGCCUAAACCCGACGAAGACGAUCCUGAAGAGCUCGAGCUCCGACGUCGAGAGGAAGCCGCUGCCAAAGCCAAAGCCGAGCGUCGAGCGAGGUUGGAAGCUCUGCAGAAGGAAGAGGAAGAGGAACGAAGACAAGAAGAGGCUUUGCUGGCAGCUAGGAAGAAUAGGAGUCUUGGGGCUAGUCCGGUUCCACCUGCGGCCGAGACACCCAAGAAGGAAGCAAGCUCAUCUGCUGCUCCUUCCCCUGCACCUCCUGCACCUCCUGCCCCACCCGCCCCACCCGCGCCUCCUGCACCCCCCGCGGAAUCUGCGCCUUCUUACAACCCUUUCCGAAAGCCCGGGGGUGCCCCUGGUGCUACUCCUUCUCCUGCUGCCCCUGCUGGCGGCUUCAAUCCCUUCUUCAAACCUCCCGCCGCUGCCUCUGUUUCGCCCUCUCCUGCUGCCGAAUCACCUGCACUGGCAGCUCCUCCCCCUCCUGCGCCUCCCCCACCACCAGCGGACCCCGCCUUCCAGCCUCCUCGAGGCCCCCGAUCUCCUCCUAGCGAACCCGAAUGGGAGGACAUCGCGGAGAAGCAAGUCGACGAGUCUGAUUCUUCCGACGACGAGUAUACUACUUCUCGUGCUGGUCGUCAAGGCCUGGCUCAGGCUUUGUUCGGUAACAUUAUGGGUGGUUCAUCUCCUUCUACUUCCCGUCCAGGUUCCGCGGCCCCUCAAGCGCCAAAGGAGCCUCCCAAAGCACUUGCCAAUGUUGGCGGUGGAAACCCCGAGCAAGGAAGGGGUGCAUUGUUGUCCGCUAUUCAGGGUGGUGCCAGGUUGAAAAAGGCUCAAACCGUCGACAAAUCUGGACCUCCCGAUAUCGGCAGGGUUAUUGGUGACGCCGCGCCUCCUUCUCACAUCCGGGAAACUCCCCGAGAAUACGCGCCACCAUCUCCUCCCGCCGCUGCUCCUGGUCCUGUGGAAGAGCGAGCUCCUUCCCCCGCGCCACCUUCGGAGGACUCGUUCAUCAGUGGUAAUCCCAACCGUCAGUCUAUUGACUGGUACGCUGGUCUCGCUGCCGAUGCCUCCCACCCGGCUGCCAGCGUGGGCGAGACAUCCAUGCUUGAACCUCCUCAGGAGGAGGAAGAAGAGAAAGAGCAACAUGGAUAUGAGCAGAUUGAGAAGCCGCGUGUCCAAAUCGAGGGUGAAGAUGAUUUGAACGAGUUUGACUUCGCUACCACCAUUCGAGUGCGAGCACUCUACGAAUUCGUUGGUACCCGAGACGUGGACCUUAGUUUCAAGGAGGAUGUGGUGAUUGAGGCUCACCCUGCAAAGGAUGAGUCCAGUCCCUGGUGGUAUGGCACCGUGGUGAAAGAUGGCAGCAAGGGUUGGUUCCCCAAGAACUAUGUCGAACACAUCCAGGCUGUCCGCGCGAAAGCGCUUUACUCCUACGCCGCUGGCGAUCCAGACCAACUGCCCUUCGCUGAAGGGGACAUCCUCGAAGUCGUCGACCGAUCCGAAAAUGACUGGUGGAAGGUUGAAAACACUGGCAUCAUCUUCCUUGUGCCUGCUGCAUACUUAGAGAUUAUCGAUGGCUGAAACUGUGUUUCUUAUUUUUCUUUUCAUGCUUGAUCAUUAUACCAAAAACACCAAAACGUCAAAAAAAAUCUCUACUUUGGAAUGCGACUUUAUGCAC